CGCGCCCGGCCGGCCCCCUCCCCCGGGCCCGGAGGGUGUGCCCCCCUCACCGGGGCUCGCCGCGCCUAUAAGGGGCCCGAGCGGCGGGCAGGGACAUGCAGCUCUACAGCAGCGUCUGCACCCACUACCCAGCCGGGGGACCGGGUCCCACGGCCGCAGCGCCCGCUCCUCCCGCCGCCGCCGCCGCCGCCGCCGCCGCCGCCGCCCCCUUCAAGGUCUCUCUGCAGCCCCCGGGACCCGCCAGCGGCGAGCCAGAGCCCGAGACCGGUGAGUGCCAGCCCGCCGCGGCCGCCGAGCCCCGAGAAGCCGCCGCCGCCCCCGCCGCCAAGAUGCCCGCCUUCUCCUCCUGCUUCGAGAUGGUGUCCGGGGCCGCCGCCCCCGCCGCGGCCGCCGCCGGCCCGCCCGGGGGGUCCUGCAAGCCGCCGCUGCCGCCGCACUACACGUCCACGGCGCAGAUCACGGUGCGGGCCCUGGGCGCCGACCGGCUCCUGCUGCACGGGCCCGAGCCCGGCGCCGCGGCGCCCGCCGCCCAGCGCGGCCGCUGCCUCCUGCUGGCCCCGGCGCCCGGCGCCCCGGUCCCGCCGCGCCGCGGCUCCUCGGCCUGGCUGCUGGAGGAGCUGCUGAGGCCCGACGGCCCCGAGCCCGCCGGCCUGGACGCGGCCCGCGAGGGCCCCGACAGAAACUUCCGACUGAGCGAGCACCGCCAGGCCCUGGCCGCCGCCAAGCACCGAGGCCCCGCGCCGCCGCCGGGCAGCCCGGAGCCCGGCGCCGGCCCGUGGGGCGAGGAGCACCCGGCGGACAGGAGCCUGCGGGGCUGGGAGAGGGCGGGCGACCGCGGCGACCCUCCCGCCGCGGACGAGGCGCGGCGGCCCGACCCGGAGGCCGAGGCGCCCCCGGCGCGGAGCGGCGAGGCCGCCCAGAGCGGCGGCGCCGAGGCGGUGAUCGUCUCCCGGCCGGAUCCCCGGGACGAGAAACUGGCCCUGUACCUGGCGGAGGUGGAGAGGCAGGACAAAUACCUGCGGCAGAGGAGUAAGUACCGCUUCCACAUCAUUCCCGACGGCAACUGCCUGUACCGGGCGGUCAGCAAGACGGUGUACGGGGACCAGAGCCUGCACCGAGAGCUGAGGGAGCAGACGGUGCAUUACAUCGCCGAUCAUCUCGACCACUUUAGCCCCCUGAUUGAGGGCGACGUGGGGGAGUUCAUCAUCGCCGCUGCUCAGGACGGGGCGUGGGCCGGGUACCCGGAAUUGCUGGCCAUGGGGCAGAUGCUGAAUGUGAAUAUACACUUAACUACUGGAGGGAGGUUGGAGAGCCCCACGGUGUCUACCAUGAUUCACUACUUGGGCCCCGAGGAUUCCCUACGGCCUAGUAUUUGGCUCAGUUGGCUCAGUAAUGGACAUUAUGAUGCGGUGUUCGAUCACUCCUAUCCUAACCCGGAGUAUGACAAUUGGUGCAAGCAGACUCAAGUGCAGAGAAAACGCGAUGAAGAACUUGCCAAAUCCAUGGCCAUAUCCCUGUCCAAAAUGUACAUUGAACAAAAUGCAUGCUCUUGAAGUGUCUGGAAACGUACAUCCUGGGAGAAUUGCAUACGUAACUUGUGUUGGGAGAAUUACGAACUCUAAUCAGGGUGAGAAAGUUGAACUCUAAAAUUUUACCAUGGUAUUCGGUGUGCUCUUAUGGAGGAAAAGCAUUAGAGAAUAAAAAUAGGGUUUAAACCUUUGGACGUCUGAUAAUAUGCAGUGAAAUUCGAACUGUACUGAUGAUAUAAUAGGACUGGAGAAGAGGAACAACAUCCCGAGGACAUUCUCCGCUGUCACUUCACCGUCUUGGUCAUCUUGCCGGAAAGUGCCAGACGUGGGGGGAGGGGGGUUGUUAACAAUUACGUUUUUUUCUUCCUACUCUAAAUCUAAACAAUACUCCUAUCUCAAUAAACAGUCGAUGCCUGAACCAGAAA